AUGACCGCUCCUCUGGGAUCGGCUUUUGGUGGAUACCUGCAAGCAGCAGUAUACAAGAGCCUCGACGGUGCUCAUGGCCACGCAGGGUGGCGAUGGUUGUACAUCGUCUGCGGGUGCAUGACGAUUCCCGUCGGCGUUGCGACCCUAUUCGUCUUACCGGACACACCGUACACGACCAAGUCGAAGUUUCUGACCGCCAAAGAAUGCGAGCUAGCCAUUGAUCGAGUAACGAAGGCUGACAGGAAUGUCAUCCCAACCGGGUCAAAGCUCAUCAGUGCUUUCUGUAUCAUUCUCUGGGGGUUCCUGUCGGACUACACGGGAAGCCGCUUUGCAUUGAUCAUCUGCCCAUUGGUGCUGGCCUUGAUCCCAAACGGCAUCUUGGCUUUUUGGCCGCAAAUCGUGCAGCUGAAGUUGUUUGCUUUCCUGACGAGCAGUGUGCAUCUCAUGACGGCGGUUUUCUACACUUGGGCGAAUGAAAUAUGUGCCGGCGACAAUGAGGAGCGCGCUUUGGUCAUCAGUAGUAUGAAUGGAAUGCAAUAUGCCGUCGACGCAUGGCUUCCCCUUGUCAUUUUCCCGCAAACCAUGGCUCCAACCUUUAGUGAGUUCUCGAAGACGUUUACUUUGUCUCUAUCAACAGUCGCGAGCAUCAAGUAUCAGUUACAACUUGCAGGAGCACGUUCUUGA